AUGAGUAAAUUAUCUCUUAAGAACAUCUUUGAAAAACUAUACGAAGGCCAUGUGGGUGCCUUAGAGAUGUCAGCGGCCGCUCAAACGCUGUACGCAGCAAGCGUACGCGCUCAGGCCUCUGCAGUGCCUGAGCCGGCGCCAAGCGCCUUCUCCCACGCCCGCGGAAAACACACGGUGCACUGGUUCCGAAAGGGGCUCCGCCUUCAUGACAACCCUUCGCUGCGCGAGGGGCUCACUGACGCAGUCACCUUCCGUUGCAUCUUCAUUAUCGAUCCGUGGUUCGCCAGUUCGUCUAACGUCGGCAUUAACAAAUGGAGGUUCCUACUAGAAUGUCUGGAAGACUUAGACAGCAGCUUGCGGAAGCUAAACUCCCGCUUGUUCGUGGUCCGCGGCCAGCCGAACGACGCUUUGCCAAGGUUAUUCCGCGAGUGGGGAACCACUGCACUCAGCUUUGAGGAGGAUCCUGAGCCUUAUGGCAGAGUUCGCGAUCACAACAUUACGACAAAAUGCCGCGAUAUCGGAGUAACCGUCAUUUCGCGUGUUUCGCACACGCUCUAUAAAUUGGACAAGAUCAUAGAGCGCAACGGCGGCAAGGCACCGCUGACCUACCACCAGUUCCAAGCGCUGGUGGCGGGGAUGCCGCCGCCGCCGCCCGCCGAGCCGCCCAUCAGCGCGCAGACCCUCAACGGCGCGUUCACGCCGCUCGGCGAAGACCACGAGGAGCGCUUCGGCGUCCCCACGCUCGAAGAGCUCGGGUUCGACACGGAGGAUCUAAAGUCGCCGGUGUGGAUCGGCGGCGAGAGCGAGGCGCUGAUGCGAUUGGAAAGGCACCUGGAGAGGAAAGCCUGGGUGGCGUCUUUCGGGAGGCCGAAAAUGACACCGCAAUCCCUGUUGGCUAGCCCCACGGGGCUGUCUCCGUACUUAAGGUUCGGUUGCUUAUCACCACGACUGUUCUACUAUCAACUGACGGCGCUUUACAAGAGAGUGAAGGGAGUUCAGCCACCACUGUCGCUGCACGGCCAAAUACUGUGGCGUGAGUUCUUCUACUGCGCUGCCACGCGCAAUCCCAACUUCGACCGAAUGGUGGGCAAUCCCAUAUGCGUGCAGAUACCAUGGGUGAAGAACCAGGACGCACUCUCGAAAUGGGCCAAUGGUCAAACUGGGUUCCCUUGGAUAGAUUCUAUAAUGAUACAACUGAGGGAGGAAGGUUGGAUUCAUCACUUGGCACGGCAUGCAGUUGCCUGUUUCCUAACGCGAGGCGACCUGUGGAUUUCUUGGGAGGAAGGCAUGAAGGUAUUCGACGAAUUGCUCUUGGACGCCGACUGGUCAGUUAACGCAGGCACGUGGAUGUGGCUGUCCUGUUCCUCGUUUUUCCAGCAGUUCUUCCACUGCUACUGCCCCGUUCGUUUCGGUCGUAAAACGGAUCCGAAUGGAGACUUUAUUAGGAGAUACAUCCCAGUGCUGAGGAACAUGCCAACGCGGUACAUCCACGAGCCGUGGGUGGCGCCCGAGGCGGUGCAGCAGUCGGCGGGCUGCGUCGUUGGCCGCGACUACCCCUUGCCCAUGAUUGACCACACCAAGGCCUCACAGGUCAACAUCGAGCGCAUCAAGCAGGUGUACGCGCAGCUCGCCAAGUACAAGCCGCAAAGCUCAUUGAAUCCACAAGCUGUUGCCCGACCUAAUAUAACACAGUCAUCACCAAGUCCAACAUCAAUAAUUAAAAGUAUAAAUCAAUCCAAUUACUUAUGCAGUCGGACACCUGACUCUCAGCUGACAUUGACUCCAUCGCAACAGCCGCCUUUCAAAACAGGAACUAAUAUCUCUCUUCGGCCAGGCAACUCUGAGCGGGAUACAAAGCAGCAGUAUACACACAUUGUUAUUGUAGAACAAGGGCAAAAUACAAACAUGUCAUCAGAAACACCUCAGGGUCUACCAACACAUGACAAAAAAGGUCAACCAGAAAUAUCAAAUGACUUGAAUCCAAUUAAACAAAACUAUGACUUAAAGAAUUUAAUCAUAAAAAAUAGUGACCCACAGAAUAGCCAACAGGCAUUUCAUGGUCAACCCUGCAAAAUUGACAAACUAGCACAACCAGUACAAAUUGACAAUUAUGCGAGUGAUAAGUCUGAGUUUCACAUGCAAUUAUACAAAGAUAAUGAAACACAAGAGAGAAAUACAAAUACAAUGUCAGAUCUGUAUGUACCUAAUCAACCAAAUCGCGAAACAAUAAAUGAAAGUGUAACAGAAAACAAUGAGAAUUUGCAAAAUAUGGUUAUUUCAACAAAUAAUUUGAAUUCUGAUCAAUCAAAUAAAGAAGAUCCACCAGAUAAU